AUGAAGCUCAAUCCGUCGUCAUUCCUUCUCUUCCUCCUUCCCGCCAUCUCGGUCGCGCUCGCCGACACAACAUACAAUGACAAUAUCAAUUCUCGAGUCUCGCGUGAGACUGCAGGUGACAAUGCUCGCCUCGUCGACUCGGACAUAGUCGCAUCCAAUGUCGCCAAAGGGGCGCCGGACGUCCCUGUGGAUGGCAAGGAUGGCAGACCCCACGCGGGUCCGUGGGUGGAAACCAAUGCAGACCGCGACCGCAAAGCAACCAAAGGAAGCGAUGCCAUUGAUCCAAUUUCUUCCAAAUAUGCGACCAAGAUAUCCUCGGAACACCUAAGCGCCGAAGAAGGGAAGAUGAUACCGCAUUCCAACGGCGGCGUCAUGGACGACCCAUAUCGGGAGGGCCCGAAGCAAGGCACACGGGGAAUAGAGGGUGGUGUAUCCGAGAAAGGCAAAGAAAAUCAAUUGGCGUCCGAGAAAGUGCCCGGGGGACCUAAGGAGGCACCUCCGUUACCGCAAAGCGAGACGAAGAAGCUUGUCUCUGGCAGUGAAGACACAACAACCGGGAGUGGAAGCCAGUCUGCUGAGGGUUCGGGCAAUCUUGGUAUGGUUGAGAAACCCGCCGAUCUGCCCGAGAAGCCUCACGAUAUCCCACACCCGAAGCCUCCGGCCAUGGUUAAGGACGAUCCUUUGGGUCUUGCACACCACUCGGAUGCCUCGGGUUACUCUUCCGGUUCAUCUUCAUCUCGUUUGGAUCAUGAACACAAAAGUGAUUCUGGUAUCCCCGACGCCAGCAGCUCUCUGCACUCGCUCGUCUUCUCUUUCACCAUGAUCAUUGUCUCUGAGAUUGGCGAUAAGACAUUCCUUGUGGCUGCGCUGAUGGCUAUGAGACACCCCCGCUUGGUUGUGUUCAGCGCGGCAUUCAGCGCUUUGAUUGGCAUGACUGUUCUCUCCGCUGUUCUGGGCCAUGCUGUUCCUACUCUCAUCCCGAAGACCUUCACCAAGUUCAUGGCCGCCAUCUUGUUUUUGAUUUUCGGUGUGAAGAUGCUCAAAGAAGGCCGUGAAAUGUCCCCCGACGAGGGUGUUGGUGAAGAAAUGCGAGAGGUUGAGGCGGAGCUCGAGGAGAAGGAACAUGAGCAAUUGCGCAUGGGCCGCCGUCGCUCUUCAGUCACUCCCUACAACCUCGAAGCUGGUCGCGCUGGUCGUCCUAAGACCCGUGGCUCUGGAAAUCGCCUGCCUUCGCCCCCAGAGAGCUUGUCAUCGUCCUCGUCCCGUGGCUCUUCCCCUCAGCCCCGGCAACGGUUGAACGAUGUUAUCUCCGGUUUCAGCAACCUCCUUUCGCUUCUUCUCAGCCCCGCUUGGGUUCAGACUUUUGCCAUGACCUUCCUUGGCGAAUGGGGCGACCGCAGCCAAAUCGCAACCAUUGCCAUGGCAGCUGGCCAGGACUACUGGUGGGUGACGAUCGGAGCUAGUGCCGGUCAUGGAAUUUGUACCGCAGCCGCCGUCGUUGGUGGACGUGCUAUCGCUGGCCGGGUCAGCAUGCGUGUCGUGACUCUGGGUGGUGCUACAGCCUUCCUUGUAUUUGGCGUCAUCUACUUGAUUGAGGCCAUCUUCUAA